AUGAGUCCUUAUGAUUUGGACCCUUCAAUUACCCAAGGACCAGAACCUCGGAAACUGAGCCAUAUUGAAUCAGGUCCACCUGGGUCGGACUUUGAUCGCCAAGUUCACGACCCGCCUCGCCCGCUACCGCUUGCAAACGCCCCAUUGGGGCUAAAUUGGGUGCCUCGUCGAGGGUACUCGACACAAUCAACGACAAGGGAAGGUUGUGAGGACCUUGAUGAAUAUAAGCUCCUAGAAGCAGAGGUCGAGCAACGCUCUCGUAAAGCUCUUGUUGGCUGGAAGCUCACGUCUCAUUCUAUUGAACAGUUGACAACACUGCCUGAGAAAAUCGACCAUCCUGGAGCUGAGAGGUAUAUCGGCUCAGAGUUGAAGGGCUAUCCUAAGUAUCUAUGGGAUAGUAGCACUGGUACCACGGUACUAGCAACAAAUGACAUGUACAACGAAGGGUAUGUUGCUGUAUCAUACACAUGGGGACGAUGGAGGCUUGGGAGCGAUAAUUGGUAUUGGGUGAAAGGGACACCAUGGGAGGUACCCUCCCUUACGGACUGGAAUCCUGAUUUUCCAGAUCUGAAAUGUCACCUUAAUAUGGCACAAUUGACAGAUAUCUUGCGCCGGAUGCCAAAUGUCCGAUACUUCUGGAUCGACGUGUUGUGCAUUCCCCAAAAAAAGUCAAGUCCAGAGAUGGCAAAUGUGAAGGCAAUAGAGAUUGCGAAACAAGGCGCGAUCUUCAAAAACGCUCGAAGUGUACUCGUAUAUCUUUGGUCCAUCGAUGAUGGAGCACAAUUUGCAGCAACCAUGAAAGAGCUGAGCGCUAUGAUGCGCUGGUAUUGGCAGAUCAUGGUUUCUCAAGACUUCCAGGCAACGACAAAACACAAUGGUCGUAAACGUUGUGACGACAGCUCCGGGCCAAGACUUCGAGAGGAUCCAUGGUUCUCCUCACUUUGGACGCUUCAAGAGAUGAUUCUCGCACCUGCUUCGGUUUGGAUUGCUCGAGAUGGUUCACAUUGCCGACUGAACAAUAAUGAAGUUCUGACAACGCAUACAGUAGCCGAUAAAUUUCAUGACUUUCCCGUUCGAGAGGCUUAUUAUGAUUCCCUUGGCUGCAUGAGUCUCGAUCCAUCACGCGACUAUGUCCAAUCAAACAUCCCUCCGAGUGAGAACAAGUCCAGAGAAGUCAUGCGAAGGUGGCUCAAAUGGGCUUUUCAGACAGCUUCCAUCACCACCUGCGUCGUCGAGUCACGUGGCGGCAUGGUUCUAGCUACUUUGGAGCGAAAAUAUAGUCAACGUCGUGAAAUGGCCGUACUAGCAGCGCUCAAGGUUGGCAACGACAAAGGGUAUGACAAACAAUCCGAAACAGUCAAUGGUUUAGCUAUUGAUCUUUGGAACACAUUGAUUCAAGCUGAAGGUGGACGGCUUUUUGACGUUUCCCAUACCUCGAGCAGCCUCUUGACGAACAUGCUCCCUUCGCCUUCUAGACAUGUGAGUCAAUUCCGGGGCAUACGUGCAACAUGCGACGGUUGGGAGUUGAGAGGGAAUGGAGAGCUGAAGGUUGCUCGGGGGAGCAAGAUCAAUCAACCUUCCAGGGAAGGAGGAACGGAAUACCGAUUCCAUAACAGAAAAACCUUUGGGGGUAGUCCGGAAGGGACUGUGAGGAAGCACAUUUGGGAGUCAUCGGGAAAGAAGAUUGAAGUCAGGCACGUCAGGUUCAUACUAAUCGGCAAUGACGGCUCAAUAAACCCGUUCAAUGAAAGUAAAUUCGCAGGAGCCCUGGGCGUCAUACUGGUCACCACGUCAAACGAUAUUCAUAGUAUGGAUUGCCUGUGGUAUAAGGCAGGGAUGUACUAUUCCACAGACUAUGAGACUGAGCUUUUGGACCACGAUAUCAUCGUGGGCGCAUAG